GGGACAUUUUGCCGGAGGAUUGCAAGUUUCUGUGCUCGCAGGCACCGUUUUAUAAUUUAUCCCACAAAUUCCAAUAUUUAGCUACUCUAGCGAAGCAAGAUGAGUACGAUAUUGGAAAAAAUCGCCCAAAUCGAGGCCGAGAUGGCCCGGACGCAGCGGAACAAGGCCACAGCUGGGCACUUGGGUUUGCUGAAGGCCCGACUGGCCAAGCUGCGCCGUGAACUCAUCACACCGAAGGGUGGCGGCGGUGCCUCGGAGCAGGGCUUCGAAGUGUCGAAAACCGGUGACGCGCGGGUCGGUUUCGUCGGGUUUCCCUCGGUCGGCAAGUCGACGCUGCUGUCCAAUCUGGCCGGUGUGUACUCGGAGGUGGCGGCGUACGAGUUCACCACGCUCACGACGGUGCCGGGCUGUAUCAAGUACAAGGGCGCCAAGAUACAGCUGCUCGAUCUGCCCGGUAUUAUCGAGGGUGCGAAAGACGGUAAGGGUCGCGGUCGGCAGGUGAUAGCCGUGGCCCGGACGUGCAACCUGAUCUUCAUGGUGCUGGACGUGCUGAAGCCGCUGACGCACAAGAAGCUACUGGAGCACGAGUUGGAGGGCUUUGGGCUGCGGUUGAACAAGCAACCGCCCAACAUUUCCUACCGCAGGAAGGACAAGGGUGGCGUCAACCUGAACGCCACCGUCGCCCAGUCCGAGCUAGACCUCGAUACGGUCAAGACGAUUCUGGGCGAGUACAAGAUCCACAAUGCGGACAUCACGCUCAAGUAUGACGCGACCGCGGACGAUCUGAUCGACGUGAUCGAGGGCAACCGCAUUUACAUCCCGUGCAUCUAUCUGUUGAACAAAAUCGAUCAAAUCUCGAUCGAGGAACUGGAUGUGAUCUACAAAAUUCCACACUGCGUGCCGAUCUCCGCCCACCACCACUGGAACUUUGACGAUCUACUGGAAAUGAUGUGGCAAUAUCUACAGCUCGUGCGAAUUUAUACCAAACCCAAAGGACAGCUUCCGGACUAUAGUUCACCGAUUGUGCUGCACCAUGAACACACCUCGGUGGAAAGCUUCUGUAACAAACUGCAUCGAACGAUCGCUAAGGAGUUUAAAUAUGCACUCGUGUGGGGCUCCUCGGUGAAACAUCAACCGCAAAAGGUCGGUAUCGAGCACGUGCUGAACGACGAGGACGUGGUUCAGAUUGUGAAGAAAGUCUAGGCAUACAGCCGUUUGGCCUGGCCCGUCCCGUCCCAUCCCAUCCGACUGCCGUGUCCACCCCCAUGGGACAAAGGUAUGGAACCGUGUUUGCAUCAAAAGUAUCGUUCUUUUCUUUCAUUUUUUAAUCACUGAUCGGCCCACUUGCGUGAAAGGAAAAGGAGAACAGUGUGCAAAAACUAGGAAUCAAAGUGAAAUGCUUCCGUUUUCAACCACUCAAGCAUCGUUGUAUAACGUCACAACCGUCUGUUAUGCUUUUCUAUUUCAACGUCUGUUCAUUUUUGCAAGGGAAAUAGAGAUAUUAAGAAGAA